AUGGAGAAAACGUCUCUCAAGCUUGUCUUCUUGUUCUCCCUCACAGUCAUAGCAUUUUGUUCGUUUUUGGGUGAUGCAAGCGAGAUGGUGGAGGAAGAAGUGAGUUGCCUAGGCUGCAAAUGUCCCGAAGGAAACAAGAACUGUAACUGUUUGCCGCGGGUAGCACCUAUAAUGGAGUCCACUGGUGUUUGCGAACAUGACAUUUAUUGCAAGAAGUACUGUCCUCCAGAAUGCAAGUCUAAGAAAAGAACCUGUGUCUGUGCCUGUAAUGGUGGACACUGUUUCUGUCAGUGUUAG